AUGCACUAAUUGUUCGUUGGGUCGCAGGUCCGAAGUUCGAAAAUAAUACCCAAUUUCGACAAGGCUCGUGCCCUGUUCGAAACCUUCGGCACUUUUCGGCGUGUGUGUUUAUGCUCGCCAGGGUGCAAUACUCGACGUACCGAGCCGCGCCAUCUUGUUGAGAAAGAUAUACACACGGACGCGAAUCGUGAACAGCACUUCGGACCGUGGAAGAUCGCGCGUAGAAAACGGUUUAAUGUCAGUGUAUGAUAAUCUGAAAGCCGUACGAGAGCUGUGUGAAAUGUGAGCAAGAAAAUACAAGAUAGCAAUAGGCAGAGCCGCGCAAAGGAAAGGAAAGAAGCAGAAAAGCACAUCGUCGCCAAGAAGUGUGUAAAGUGCAUCAACGGGAGAAAGUUCUGUUUCAGUAAAUAAUCAGUGGUGCUGUUGGUUGUAUGCUUUGCCUGGGUGCAUUAUCCAUCGUUGCAAAUAUUCCAGCAAAGGUUCAAGCAUCCUUUCAGUUGCGUUAUUAUUAUUUUUGUUUUCCGUUUUAUUUUUAAGUUGGUUUAGUUGGGCCCCAAAAAACCAACUGGUGUCCAGCCAAGUGUGUCUGUGUGUGCGUGUGCGCGUGCGUGUGUAAAGGGGUUUCUGGUAUGUGUGCUGCUGCAGUGUGUUGGCGUGUGUGUCUGCCGGGGGCAUGAUAGUUUCCCCACGAUUGGCUUCACUACUCAACACUAGCGGAGGCGGUAUCGGUGGUGGUCGUUGCCGUGGUUGCAACGCCAUCGAUUCCAUUACCACCGGUGGCUUCGGCAGCAGCAACAGCACCAGCACGGAUCGUUACGAAGCCGGAUCCUUGUGCGGAACACGUGCAACCGGAACAUCACGCCGGGCCAACGGACGCGUCCGCAGCAACUUGUUGAUCGGUAGUGACAGCAGCGCCGAUACCAUCGUGCAGCAACACAGUACGGUCGCUGGACAGGACGAGUUCGGCAAGGCAGUGCAUUUACGUGCAAAAGUGGAAAGUUUACAGUACGGUAGAAAUUAUAGUUACGGCAACACAUUAACAGCGGCCGCGAUCGAAGAUCGCCCAGCAGCAACAGUUCACGGGCACGCUGGUGACGGUGCGGAAGGUGGUGACGUGUACGGGUGUGGGGUUUCCGGACGCGGCAACACGAACCGAACCGGCGCAACGGAAGAAGCGGCGGCAACGUUUGCGGAAGUUGCACGUCUCGGUGGUGGCAGUGCGGUUGGCAGAGAAGUAGCGGCGGGAUACGAAGGCAGUGUGGGUGGCAGCGGAGGCGAAGGAGGAGGAGGUGGUGGAGGUGGAGGUGGAGGAGGCGAAGAAGGACGAGUGAGACGCGUCAGGACGACGAGCGGCGCCCAGCGGCAGCAACAGGAACCGGCUGUCCCGAAAACGGCCAGUGCCGAUAGUGGUGGUGGUGCGGGUGGUGGAGGUGGUGGAUUGGGCGGUGGUGGUGGUGGUUACGGUGAAACCGCUGGUUUGCAGCAGCAGGAGGGUGUACAUAUCGUGUUGCCGGUGGCGUCGUACGUUGGGGUGGUGGGAAGCGGCAGGCGCCAGUUCGCGCACGGUGUGGAAGAAUCCCGUCCGCCGGUGUUGGACGAUCCAAUCGGUGGCAUAGUGGUAGUGCAGAGCGGUGACUGUACCAGCAGUGCCGGUAGUAGCGGCGGCAGUAGUAGCGGCGGUACCGACGGUGGUAUCAGUGGCAUUAUCAGUGGCAACAGUGGUGCCGGCAGUAGCGCUAGCUGCAGCAGUACGUCGAGCGGUGGUAACGGCAUAGCCGGUUCGGUGGUCGUGCCGGAAGUGCUCGGUGGUAGCUCGCAGUACGGUUCGAUCGGUACCGGACGGGGCGAGGCAGCGGGUCGCGACAGUAAGGAGCGGGAGGACGAGGGUGGCUCGAGUGGGAGCGGGGGGAGCGGCAAGCGGAUACUUGCCGUGAACCGGAACAUCGACGAUCUGCUGUUCGGCAGCGAUCUCGACUCGCUGAUCAACGACAAUAUCAUUUAUGGCUUCAAAUCGCUAAAGGUUAGCCGUGCUCAGUCCCAAGAUCAGCUGGACUAUCAGCAACAACAGCAGCAGCAGCAGCAGCAGCAGCAGCAACCGUUCUAUCAUCAUUACCAUACGAAUACGCUGCAUUUGCAACAGCAUUUACUGCAACAGCAGCAGCUACCAAAUACGGCAGCAACGCUGGGCUACCAACCGUACCAGCCACAGCAUCUACAGCAGCAACUACCAACGCAACCACUUCAUCCCGGUCACCAUCAACAGCAGCAGCAGCAGCAGCAGCAACAGCAUCAACAGCAAUCACACAUUAGUCAUUGGAUUGAAUCGGAAAUAAGAGCAAGCGGUAGUAGCAACAGCAGCACCAUGUUGGCCGAUAAAGCGAAACAGAAAUUGGCUGCACAGUUUGCAUCCGGAAAUGUUCCUGACUCAACGCGGCAAAGGCAUCAUGCGCCGCUCUACGGAAGACUGGUUACAGAAGAACAUUUACCUGCCGUACAUCGUGAUAUACACCAGCGUUCGAUAAGCCCCACAUCAUCGACCGAUAUUCGGGCGAUGGAAGCCCGGAUACCGGUGCUUUUUCGAGAUCCAGCUACGGCACCCCUGCGAAAGUUGAGCGUCGACCUGAUCAAAACCUACAAACAUAUAAACGAGGUUUACUAUGCCAAAAAGAAGCGGAGAGCUCAACAGACCCAGGGUGAGGAUACGUCCCACAAAAAGGAACGGAAGCUGUACAACGAUGGCUACGAUGACGAGAAUCAUGACUAUAUCAUUAAGAAUGGCGAGAAGUUUCUCGAUCGAUAUGAGAUCGAUUCGCUGAUCGGCAAGGGAAGCUUCGGACAGGUGGUGAAAGCGUUUGACCACGAGGAACGCUGUCAGGUGGCGAUCAAAAUCAUCAAAAACAAGAAACCCUUCCUAAAUCAAGCACAAAUCGAGGUCAAGCUGCUAGAAAUGAUGAACCGGGCCGAUGUGGAAAAUAAGUACUAUAUCGUUAAGCUAAAACGACACUUUAUGUGGCGAAAUCAUCUAUGUUUAGUAUUCGAACUGUUAUCCUAUAAUUUAUUCGAUCUACUGCGCAAUACAAACUUCCGCGGCGUAUCACUGAACCUGACGAAAAAGUUUGCCCAGCAAUUAUGUACGGCGUUAUUAUUUUUAAGUACACCAGAAUUAAAUAUCAUACACUGUGAUUUGAAACCUGAAAAUAUACUACUUUGUAAUCCAAAACGAUCAGCAAUUAAGAUAGUGGAUUUCGGCAGCUCCUGUCAGUUGGGACAGCGGAUAUAUCAGUACAUACAAUCACGCUUCUAUCGAUCGCCAGAAGUACUGCUGGGGAUACCGUACGAUUUAGCAAUCGAUAUGUGGUCGCUCGGCUGCAUCCUCGUCGAGAUGCACACCGGUGAGCCAUUGUUCUCCGGCUCGAAUGAAGCCGACCAGAUCAACCGGAUCGUGGAGGUGCUCGGUAUGCCGCCAAAGCACAUUCUCGACCAGGCGCACAAAACACGCAAAUUCUUCGAAAAGCUCCCGUCGGACGGUAGCUACGUGCUGCGGAAGACGCAAAACCAGCGAAAAUACAAACCGCCCGGUUCGCGCAAGCUGCACGACAUACUGGGCGUCGAGACGGGCGGCCCGGGUGGCAGACGGCACGGCGAGCCGGGACACAGCGUAUCGGACUAUCUUAAGUUUAAGGACCUCAUCCUAAGAAUGCUGGACUACGACCCGAAGACACGGGUUACACCGUACUAUGCCUUGCAACAUAACUUCUUCAAGCGAACCUCGGACGAAAGCACCAACACAGCCAACACGAUCAGCUCGCUUAGCACGAGCCCAUCGGUCAGCACACAAGAUCAACCCAGCCAUGGUCUAUCAUUACACCAGCAACAAUCGUCACAGCCACAAAACCAACAGCAAACACAACCAAAAUCACAGCAGCAAACGCUUGUGCUACUGGCGCAACCAGCAUCAUCGGUCGGUUCGAAUGGGACGCACAGUGGUAGCAGUGUCGGUGCCGUGACCGGGAAUGGUGCCAUCACCGCAAGCAGUAGCGUUAGCAGUGGCAGUGCUGCGGGAGUAUUAGCGCCGAGCAGUAACACAGUCAGCUCGUCUAACGUAUCUUCCACAUCCUAUCCACUCGCCAUGGAUUGUGAUCCACCCGUGACGACUAACCUGAGUCAGUCCGUCGGUCAUCAUGCGGGUGCAUCUGCGGGUCGAUAUCCAGGCACUGCUGUCGCUUCAUCCGGGGCAGCACCCUCACACUAUCACCGGAGUCGAUACUUAGCUCAACAGCAGCAACAGCAACAACAGGGACAACAUUUACAAAAUGCAGCUACCCACUUAGGAGGAUCGUCCACCGCGCCAGGUGUGCUGGUUGGUGGAGUGCACAAAAGCUACGCACCUGCUUCGUUACCACUCGAUCUCGGUACUCACAUGGCCUCGUCGCUCGGUGGGCUUGUCAUACCGGAUCACCAUACAACGGCAACCAUGUCCGGUAGCUUUCUGGCCCACAAUUUACCGAUGGGUGGUGUUCCCGGUAGUAUAGGCGGUGUGCCGGUCGGAUCGGCAGGUGGCUAUGCGCCUUUUUCGAUGAAUGAUGCCAUGCUGAUGGCGGCGACCGGUACCAGUAUAAACGCGGGCAACAUUGGUCCACUUGGCGGUGCCAAUAGUUUAGGUGCGAUCGGUGGUCCAAUUGGUUCCGUUUCCGGCACCGGCCCAUCGUCACUUAUUGUCGGAUCAUCAACGGCAGCGGCUGCGGCAGCGGCCGCAGCAGCAGCAGCGGCAGCGGCGGCGGCCGCCGUCAGUGUCAGUGGUGGUAGUCAUCAUCUCAUCGGCAGUACUGGAAGUAGCAUUAGCAACAGUAGUAGUAGUAGUAGUAGCAACAAUGGUGGAGCAGGUGGUAAUGGAACAGGUGGUACAGGUUCGGGAUCCGCCAGUGGUAGCGGUGUUGGAUCGGGUGGAAACGGAGUGAGCAGUAGUACGAAAGGUCAUGGUCGUGGACCACCCAGCGCACCGAGCGAUCGGGAUGAAUCGUCUCCUAUGGUUGGUGUUUGCGUACAACCGAGUCCAGUUAUCAUUCACUGAUACAAAACAUAUACAUAUUCUCACCAACAUAGUCAUACAUUUGCAUGCAGAGAUUUGCAAAAAAAAAAAACAAAUAACGUACAGUUGCAACUAAUUGUCAGGACGUGAUCGCGAGCGACGAGACUCAGUUCGCGUAGGCCGCGGGAUGUUAGCAGAUCAGCUGUUCAGAAUUAUUGUUUCAUUUCACAGCAUCAAAAGAUCAUCACCUUGUUCAUACUAUAGACAUCGUCCGCAUUUGAAUGUGCUCGUUUCAUCUACCGUUAGUGAAAUUGGGCCACCCCCCGACUGGAUUUUAAAGCUGGCCGCUUUUCUCAGCAAUGCAAAGAGUGAAUCAACCGAUCCACCAUAUACAUUGUAGUGUAUUGGGAAACUUUGAGCAAUUUUGGCAAAUUCCAAAACGGAUGUUGCUCUACAGCCUGAUGCUCAAACACAAUGAUGAAAGAAAGGAGAUAAAACGGGAAGAGCCAGAACCACCAGCCACAGUUAAUUAUUCAUGAACUUUAUGUAGAUGAAAUGGGUGAACAGUUUUUCAAGAAAACAAAUGGUAAACAAAUACUAAGAGAUAGUGUUUUUUGCUAAUGGAUACUGCCAAGAAACAAUCGGUUUGGAGCAACAUGCGACAAUGUACACACAUCCAGAUGUAGGACAGAUGAUGAUAUCUGAUCAGUUUUUUUUUAAACAGAGCCGCUUAAGAAGAGACGGGUUUUAGAGCGGGGUGGCGGUAUCCGGGGGCGUGCUAUUUGCUGCUCCAAAAGUCCAAAACGGUAAUGAUGUGUUCCGAAAGGUUUAAUGAAUUCCUAUUACUACCAAUGUCUGUGUUCUCCGAGAAGUGUGGAAAGGUAGAAGACGAAGGGUAGAAGAGUGUUUUGCGCUGCAUCGUGCAAACCGUAACUAGUGAUGUAGGAUAAUAGAACUGACUGGCUUUUUAUGAUGCAAUGGGCAACGUGUUCUGCUCAACAACAAAAAAACAGCAACUACGGUCCGUGGGUGUAGAACGUAUGGUGGUAUGUGGGUUGUUUGGUUGGUAUGCCGCCUAUCUCUGCAAUGGUUAAUCCGACUUUUUUUUUAAUUCACAUUUUUCUGACAGCAAGGACACUACAAGAACUUCGUGAUUCCAUUUCUUGAUAGUUCAAAUUCACCAACAACAUAUAUUUCAAGGAAUUAUGGAUAAUUUUAAUCAUGAGAAUUACGCAAGCCUAAUCAUUGAUUUAUCCAUAAUGGUAAAAAAUCGACGUACAAUUAUCGCAUUGUACGCACUAUUUGUAAUCAGCAACUAUUCCGGUUUUAAAGCAGGUCUUCAAUGAGGCAAACUAAUCAGUAGAUACAUUCAACAAUCGAAAAGAGUUACAGAAUUUUAGUUCGUUCUUAUAGCGCCAUUUUCGAAAAUGUUAAUGUUGUUUGAAACUAUACUGUUUCCCACUAAACAAUCAGUGCUCAAAGAGUCUUCUUGUUUUUUUUUUGCUAACAACAGUGAGAAUCGGAUUAACUAAUAAGCUCAAUGGAAUUGUUUUUCAAAGCACUUAAAUCUGCUUCAUGGCGAUCGAAUGUGAUGAACAUUGUGAGAUGGAAACAUAUUUAAAAAAACAAAAAUCUACGAAGGAAUAGUGACCACUGCUUUCACAGGGAACGGAAUAUAAAUCUGUGCCUGCACUGCUAACUAUUGUCUGAGACUUUGAACAUGGUUACAAUUGUAUGUUCUUGAUCAUCGGCUAAACCGUGAAAGUGGAAUUGCUAUUUAUGCUGUUUUUUUUUUCACUGAACCCGAUCGAGCAAACGGACGAACCGGAGUGGCGACAUUGAAAGUAGAGCAGCGUUUGGCAAGAGAAAGAGAGUGAUAGAGAGAUAAAGAGAGAAAGGACGAGAAAGAGAUGGGCUAGCAAAAGUGGGGUGGGCUUAGAACAAACCAGUAAGACUAGGAAAUUGGGGACUGAUCGUGCGUUUACGUGCAGAUGUUUUUGGUCCUGUUUUUCUGUUUCCAACAGACAUCGAUGAAGGCAAUACGCAACUGCUGUGCAACAUAAUCGGUGUUGGGAUGGUGGAAAGAAACACCCAUUCGUAGUGUUUGCACACAUCCCAGCCCGAAGCAAGAAUGUUGGGUGCACUUGAAAUGAAAAGAAAAGGCACGAAUAUGUAAAGGUGAAUAAAUAUGAAUGUACAUAUUAACUGAUUAGCACUAAUGAUGAUAAUAUCAAUAAUUAAAUUAGUAAUAUUAUUAUUAUAAAAAAAGAAGAAACGGAAUGUAAAUGAAGCAACAACAAAAAAAAAAGUAAGUCAAAUGAUGAUUAGGUUGCAGCAACUGUAACGCGAACAUCGCGAAAGGUGUGAAGUAUAGUAUCUAUUGCGAUUACAUACAGACACGUAAAAAAAACACAUACAAUACGUUUAAGUAAGAAAAUGGAGAAAAUAACAAAAAAAAAACAAAACAUGCAAAAAAAUACUAUACUGUAAGUGAAAAGUACUAGAUCAAAUAACUAAAGAAGGUAAAUUAAUUAAAUUAAUGAUACUAAAGCAAAGGAAGGGAAGAAGAACGCAUUCGUAAAUUAGCAACAAAAACAAAAACAAAAAAAAACAGCAGCAUAUGAAAUUGGCGAUAGUUUGUUUGCAAAAGCAAACCGCAAGAAGUACGAAAACCACAUAACAAAUAUUUUGGACAAACAAAUAAUCAAUGAACGAAUGUUGGUAAGAAUGCCGUACGUACCACAGUGAAGGGCAACAAUACAAUCGGUAUGAUAAACGCCAGAAGAAAAAAAAACAGAAGACUAGAAGAAAACAAAAAAAAACAGUAACAAAUCCCAUGCAACUUUUGCGAACAUAGACACAUAGUGGACACAACAGACACAUACACACUCCCACGAUAUGGUGAAAAAGGAAAGGGAUUAGUAAGUAAAUUAGUAUGAUCAACCACAAACGCGAAUGAAUGCAAUACACACACUGAUCACCACACACAUACACUCGCCCUCCUCCAAUUUGUAACACACAUAAAAGAGAGGCAACAAAGAAACCAAUAGCCCACUCGUGGCGCAGAAUGAUCAUUUAAGGAACGAUCGCAACCCUUCGCUUCCUGGGUCGGGGUAUUGAUUUUGUGCGUUAAGAAUGCGUUUUACUCUAUAUACUCUUGUGUACGCGAGUGUGUUUGUAUGGCGGUUGUGUGCUGCGUGAUGUACUUUUGUAACGCGUGCGGCAAAUAUAGGCGCUUUACUUUGUGUAAACUCCCCGUGUAAUGAAAUUUACCACACACACACACACAUACACCAGAAAAGUAAAAUAGCAAAAAAGCAACAUUUGGAAAUGCAAUGCGCAUUGUGUGUGGAAAUAAUGCGGAAAAACAAGAAAACUAAAGAUACAAAAAAAAACAAACAAACGAACAAAAGAAAUUUUACCAAUCUCAGCAAUCGUCGUGUGAUGAUCCGAAUGAUCGUUGUUUUUAUCUUUCCCCGUAUCCCCUAGUUACCGACAGAAGCGGAGUACAUGUGCUGCUUUGAUAUUGUUUCGGUUUAGUUUCUUCAAUUGAUUUGUUGGUUCGGGUUUCUGCUUUCGAUAUUGAUCUCUCUCGCUUUUUAUGUGUUUUCCUUCCUUUUUGGCAGCAUUUGGUGUUUUCUGUUCGCCUUCCAUAGUUUAAACAUUUUCUUCUUUUCUGUUUCACAAUUAUCAAUCCCAACCCGUUUUGCAAAUGGUAUCGCCGUGUGCUUUUUGAGCUAAUGGAAAGAAAUACGCAAAUGUGAUUGAACACCGGGAGCGUUCGUUAGUACUUAACAGUUUUUGGAAGAUGUUAGUAGCACCUUGCGUGUGCUACUGAAACUAUUAACCGCUAAGAGCGUCAUACACACGAUCACAUUCAUACCUAAGGAGUAGUGAAGGUUGAUCCUUUUUUAUUAUUUAUUAAAACAUAUUUUACAGAACAAAAAAACGGGAAGCAAAAAUAUCUAGCGACCGAUGACAAUGUGGAAAAAUUGUAGUUCAAAGUGUGUGAGAAAAAUUGGAAUUUGGAAUGGACUGUAGAGAACAUAAAUCAUUCUCCAUGCAUCCAUCAACUCUCCCCCCCCCCCCCCCCGGCCUUCCCGCUCCACUCCACUUCCUCACCACAAGAACAUGCACUCAACGGUAACGAUUAAUGCAAUAAUAUUAAGACAGUUUUCUUACAAGGGAUCGUAUAUAGGGAUCGUGAGCGGCUUAUGCGUGCUUUCAACACACAGAAGAAGAAAAAUACAUACACAGGAGUAAAAUUGCCACCGGAAAAUCGUAGCGGAAAAUAUAUAGGGCAAGCCGGGUACGACUGCUGCUUGAGGGUUAGAAAAUAAUCAUCAAAUAAAAAACACACAGACACACAAAAACAAACGAAGCAAACGAAAAUCCCAAAUGAAAAUGAUAACUGCCGGUACGACGAUGUAUGAAGCAACUAGAUAAUUAUGUCGCGAACAAGAUGUAAAGUAAGGUGCAAUGUGUAAGAUCAGCAAAACAAAAAAAAACAUAAAACAGUAAUUCAGUAACAUAGCAGUCAGCGCAGUAGUGAUUGUGAAUGGAGAGAGGAAAAACAAGAAGAAGAAAAUACACAGACGAAGAAGAAGCGUAAAUUAUUAUAUUUAUAUUCUAUACAAACUCAUUUGCCACAUAAACCAAAACAAACAAACAAACAAAAAAACACACCCACAUUGCAUACAUACCCAGGAACGGAUUUUCCGGUACACAACUUUUAAGCGAGAGGAAUGUGUUAAAUAAUACCUUUUGAAAAGCGAGAAGCCUUGCCAGAAACCCGUGAACGUGAAUGUGAAGGAGCUUGAACCGAUUAGUCGAAAUCGAAGGGAAACUCAUGUAAGGAAAUCGGGUACAACUUUUGCCGCGUUUAUAAAAUCACAAUACAAAAGCACGCGUGUUGGGCGCUACCAGUUUGAAAUGGAGAAAGGAGCUACCGUAGAAGAAGCUGACUUGGUGGGUACAAAUUUGGGGUACAAGACUAUUAGACGAGAUGGAAUAAAGAUAACAGAAGAAGAAAGAAACACAUACACACACAAAAAGGAAGCUGGCUAGUUCUGGCUAGUUAGGAGUUGGUAAAUAGACAGCUGUAAAUUACCAACGAUUAAACACGAAUCGUUGUAAGUAUCUUUUUACGGUAAAAUAUAAUGCUUACUCCGGGCCGCUCGUAAGACAACAGGGCGAUCGCGGUCGUAACUGAUGAAAGUAUCCAAAUGUAAGGGGGAGAGGAAAACAAAGAACGCUAAACUGAUGAUAGGAGCGCGUGUAAUCGACGCGUAGCAAUAACCCGACGUUACGAGUUUAGGGACAACAAAGGGAAAAGCAAAAAAAAAAGUAGAUAUAACGCGAAACGUGAUGAAAGUGAAAAAGAACAAAUCAGUAAGUAAAGAAGGUGGAGCUGUAAGAAUGCAAGUAAAACAAAAACGUCAGAGAUGUUUACUAAGAGACUAGCAAAAAUGCAACAAACCACAAAGCAAACAAGAUAACGAUACCGAACGGGACGAACUCUUCGCGAACCGUUACGACACGGAGUAGAAGCGGGAAAGAAGAAGAAGAAGAAAAGUAAGAAAAACUAUUCCGAGAUGCGGCAACAUAUGUGCGCACACGUGUACAGUGUGUGUUGCGGUAACGUUGUAGGUGGUAAGCAAACAGAUUGCAUAGGAAGUAAAACAAAAACACACAGAAGCAAAAGUGAGAAACAAAAGUGGUGUAAAGACACGAUAAAACAUGCAAACCGGAGACACACGAGCGAAAUGUGUACGAAAAUGAUGCGAACGAGAAAAGAAGUAAAACAAAUGGCAAAGAAAUUUUGAAAAAUAA